GAUACAAGUGUGACUAGGCCAUGUGAGGAUGGCCGCCGACACAAUUUGCAAGCUGCAUGUUUUUGAUACCCUUAACAAAGGAGAUUGCUGAGCUGAAACCUCUUGUCUUGAUCUUCUUCUUGUUAUUUUUUUAAUAUAGAAAUUACUUUUAGGCUUUUAGGAGGUGCAUCCAUAUGGGGGUGUCCUGAAGCCUUUGGACUUUGUAAUGGAAUGGAUGCAUCUUUAUCCUUUCACUAGAGUAAUUUCAUUUCAUAAUUUCUCAAAUGUUGAAUUUUAUAGUGCAUAGUCACCGUAGUCAGCAAAGAGCGUGUCCACCACAGAAUGCAACAGGUAACGACAAUAACAGUUGGCUUGGCUCCAAGCUCCGCAGAUCAAAGCUCUUUUUUUUUUUUUUCCUUUUUCUUUUUCCAUUUUCCCUUUCUUUUAUUUUCUUUUCUCUCAAACAAACUUCAUUCCCUUUCUUCUAAAAUUCUUCCUCCCAAUUUCAAAAACCCUAAAACAACGAUCAACAUCAGUUUCACAACAUCAAGAAUAAAACCAAUCUCUUCUUUUUGAUCUAUUUCGGUUGGGCAACAAUUCUCAAUGCCAAUUCUACUCUUACCCGAAUCAAAUUCAAAAGUCAAAACCCCACAAAUUUCCAAUUUCCAAUUUCUCCUUUGAUUCGGAUUCCCAGAAUGGUGACGGAUCCGGAGCUGAUCAAAUACGUGUGCAUUGCAAGGGCCACCACCGUCCUGGCCCACCGCCGCGCCACCACCGCCGAUCCCGACGUCGAGUGCCUCGCUUCCAAAUGCAUCGCUCUGGCACCUCCGAACCACUCUCUCUUCACCCAAACCCUAAAACGCCGCUCUUACACCUUCCUCAUAGACCCUCCCUUCGUCUUCUUCGCCAUCUUUGACCACCGGUUAAUCAAGCCCUUCCAGCUCCGCUUCCUCCACCGCCUCCGCGACUCCUCCUCCGCCUUCCUCCGAUCCCAACCCCCAACCAAAGAUGAUGACUUUGUAGCGUUCUGCUUUCAGUCCCAAUUCGAUUCCAUAUUCGGCGAAACGCUCGAUUUCGAAUCAGGGGGGACCGACGCCGCCCCCGUUUCGAGAAGCCCUAUCGUGGAAUCUCCAUCCACCGCCGCCAACAAGAUAGGGAGGUCGCCGUCGACGGUGCCGCUCCUCGGGAAGCCACAGGAGGGGAUGUUGUUGAAAAAGAAGAAGAGGGUGGUGGAGGCCGUCAACGGAGAAGUCAAAGACGGUGGUGGCUCGCCGGAGAACAAGGUGGACGUUUGUUCCGACGAAGCAAACGGCGGCGGCGGAACAAGGGACUUCUCGCUAGGGGUGGCGGCGAAGGGUGGUUGCGUGGCCAACGAUCAUCAUCGGCAGAAAGCGAAGCAUAUAUGGAAGAAGCACGUUUGGGUGGUUCUGCUUCUUGAUUUGUCCGUUUGCAUGGUUUUGUUCGUGAUUUGGUUAUGGGUUUGCAGCGGAUUUAAGUGCAUGACCUAUUGAAUUUUGAAGAUCAUAAAAAAACUCAGAUAAAAAUUGGAACUUUUUUGGAGGAAAUGGAAAGGGGAUUUUAAUUUCUUUCGGUUUUUGUCCCUUCUUCAUUUGGGGAAAGGGAUUAUUAGCUUCUUUGUUUCUAUUCGCAGAAAUAGAGGGGUUGAUCACAGUCACAUGAACAUGCUCUGUUGUAUAUUGGAGAAAAGAAAAACAAACCUUUGGGUAUGUAUAUGGUGAUUUUGGUGGUGGUGGGGUGGGUUCUAUUUGAUUUAAUUUGAUUCUUGAGCUUUUGUUUUUUAUUUCCUUUUUGGAAAUUUACCUUUUUUUUCCAUGGGAAUUGAGAUAUGGAGAAAAGAUCCCAUUGAUUCAAGUUGUUCCUCAAUUGUGCAAAGUUACAGAUUCCAAAAAGAUGUUGACUAUGACUAUGAUAUGUUUUUCUGCUACUUGUUAAGCAUAAUUGAGCUUUCUCUUGUUAAGUUCAUGGAUUCUAUUCUUUUAGAUUGUAUUUGAACAGGUGAAGAAGUAGUUUGAUGCACUUCUUUUCCGUACAUCAAUGAAUGAUACAGUAACAUCAUGAGAAUAUGCAGAAUGAAAAAUUGCUGCUCAA